AUGUGGAAUCUGAUACUUGGGGUCACCUUUUUUGGAUUUCUACGCUCAUCAUUGGCAGAAAUACAAGUGAACUCACGCAGUUGCAGUUUCGCAGGCGUCUUUCUGAUCGAGGGAGAGAGCCGUCACUCACUCAGCUAUGAGACGGCGAGGGAGGUCUGUGAGCAUCUGGGAGCUGUCAUGGCCAGUGCAGAGCAAGUGCAGGAGGCCUACAGUAAAAACAUGGAGACGUGCAGAAAUGGUUGGAUGAGUAACGAGACAGUGGCCAUUCUCAGGCACACGUCUCAUGAAAACUGUGCCAAGAACCAGACAGGAUUAAUUGUCAACCCACAUGUUACCACGGACAAGUUGUUUGAUGCUUACUGCUACAACCAAACAGCUGUUCCAGAUAUUGACUGCUCACAGGCCUUUGCAGGACCGGAGAGCCCCAGUGAACCAGGAGAAUUGGUGACAGUUUCGGACCCAGAAAUUGUGACAUCAAUGGAAAGUGACGUAGAGAGCACAACCAUAACCCAACUGGACACUGUCACAGAAAGUGAAGAUGCAACCAUUGUUCCCGCUGACGAUGACAAGGACUUCCACACAUCCGUGACUGUCCAUCCAGAAGAAUCUACAGAGGUGGUUCUGAUGGAGAACGUCACCCUCACAGCGGAGACAGGCUCAGGAAUGAUGUCCACUGUAGCAGAGGAGGAGGGAGAGCCCUUCACCACGGCCCACGUGGACGAGACCGGGGAGCAGCUGGACCCUCACGAUGACAGCGAGUCGCAAGCAGAGGCCAAAGGGGAUACCACUGAGAUUGUUCCAGUCGGUAAAGGCCGCAUGAACUCAGUGCAGGAGGGUGGACACAAACACGACUCACAGGAGAGUGGAGGUGCAUCUAACUGGCUGGUCAUCGUCGGCGUUUUGGUGGCAGUGGCGGCCAUUCUUCUUGUGUGCGCAGCAGUGGCUAAAAGGAACACCUUGUGCGGGAAGCAGCAGACCCUCAUGAUCACCUCCAAAGACAGCGGCGAGGGCAACGGCACGGCCAUGUCCGCCUCCAGCUCGCACGCCCAGGAGCGAGAGCAGGAGAUGGUCACGCUGAUGAACAAGGAGAAGAUCCAGGAGAACGGCACCACGGAGGAAUUCACCGUCAUCACGCUAGAGGAGUCCCCGGACAAGGACCAGACCGCCUGA